UUUUCAAAAUAAUGAUUUAUUUUUAUCAAUUGUUAUUAACUUGUGUUAAGUAUUUUAGUGGAUUAAUCCGACAUGGCACCUAAGUUAAUAGAUAAAAGAGACACGGUUCAGGAUUAGAACCCGUGACCAAAGGUAUCGUCGAGACAAACAUUACCACUAGGCCACCGUACACUUUUGUUUCAGAAUCGGAUACACUUUCAUUUAAGUUGAUAACGUGAUAUGUGGCUGAGGUAAACACUUAUCAAAUCACUUUAUUGAUUUAGUAAAUUAAAAGUUUUAUGAAUAUUUAAAAUGCCUCCUAAAGAGAGGCGUUUGUGGAAAAUAGUAUUUAACAAUUUUUUAAAUUCUUUAAAGUCUAAACCAAUUGAAAGACCUAUAGGAGUUGAUGAACAGGGAAAUAAGUAUUUCGAAAUCCCAGCUGAUCCUAGAGGAGGUCGUCGUUUACCUAAAAGAUGGUUUGUACCAAUAAAUGAAGAAAUUGGCGUACCAACACCUGAAUGGUCACAAUGGUUAAGAGGACGACGAAUACAACCACCAACCAUUGAAGAAAUAGAACAUAAUAAAUUAAUAUGUGAAAUGAAAAAAGUCAAUGCUAAAAAUAUUGCAAAUAAAUUUAACCUUGCAAAUUCUACAGAAAACAACUCUACUAAUAACUCAAAAGGAUUUCCUGAUCUUUCAGACAAAUUUGAAAGGCAACCGGGACAUGAUUCUCAAAAAAGAAAUUAGGUCUAAUGUAUUUUAUUAAACUGAGGUAUGAAUUUAUAUUUAACAUUAAUGUCAUAUUAUUAUUUUAGUUAUGUUAAGUUAACCUUAUACAUAAAAUAAUAAAGUUAUUUAAUUGUAUUCUAGAUUAUACAAAUUAUUUUGUACACUUUAAUUUUCUAAAUUGAACUUUUUAGAUACAAUUGCAAUAAUUUAAAUUGAGUAACCCUGGAAAUUGACUUUUGUAAUGUAGUAAUAAUAAUUAGUAAUGUAAUUUAUUUUCUGUAUAUUAUAUUAAAAUGAUAGACUGUUAUAAAUGCAUAAUACUUGUCUUGGGU